AUACAAAGAACAUUUAAUAAUAUAAUAAUCUAUCUUAUAUAGUGAGACUGAAUGUUGCUCAUUAGACAUUCCCCACACGGAUUACAUUUCAUAUUUAACCACUACAGAGAUAUCAGUGACGAGUUUAAAAGGACGACCAGAGAGAGGCUGCUCUCUGUGGGGCAGCCUGAGCGCUCAUACACAUGUUUAUUAUCUGUGAGCGCUGACACCGCUGUCAUCUAGCGGACCUCACAUUCAGCUGGGCUCUGUGUUAAAACAUCGAUCACGAGUUUAAACUACGCAUGAAAACACUACGUUCCGUGACAAAACAACAGUCACAUAUCAGUAAUUACGACUUUCCCCCACUGGCCAUUUUCGAUGAUUGUUGCGAAAUGCAUGCUGGGAUACCUGGCUGUCUGAAGUCCACACAAGUCUGCUCCGAUGCAUCCCCGGUAAAAUGGGUGUGGCGAGAACACAUCUGGGCAUUUGGACUGAACUUGGCCAGAUGUGAACUUUGAAUUGGAACAGUACUUGGGCUGUGACUGAUGACGUGUCACAAGUCCACAAGAACACAUGUUGAGAAACGGCUCAAGAGUUUGUGGUUUGGGGGCGGAGUCACAUGUGUUGGUGCGUGUGUUGUGUCUUGUGUUCCUGGUGCAGACUGAGUGUUGGUGUCUGGGAGGACCGGGCCGUCCUGGCUCGACUCCGACAGAAGCUGCAGACGGAAGACGGACGACUCGUCCUCCGCAUCGAGCAGGAGGAGUGGAAGACGCUGCCUGGCUGCCUGCUGCAGCUCAGUCAGGUCCAGGAGUGGCAGAUCCACCGGACCGGACUCCAGAAGAUCCCCCACUUCAUCUCCAGCUUCCAGAACCUUCUAGUACUGGACCUGUCGCGGAACGGCGUCUCCGAGAUCCCCAAACAGAUCGGGAAGCUGACCCGGCUCAGGGAGCUCCUGCUGAGCUACAACAGAGUCCAGUUUGUCCCUGAGGAGCUGAGCUGCUGUGAGAGUCUGGAGAGACUGGAGCUGGCAAUGAACCGGGACCUGAACCAGCUCCCAGAUCAGCUGAGGAACCUGAAGAAGCUGCAGCACCUGGAUCUGUCCAUGAACGACUUCACCUGCGUCCCGGACUGCGUGGUGGCGCUGCCGGCGCUCGAGUGGCUCGACAUGGGAGGAAACCAGCUGGAGCACUUACCUGAGGACAUCCACAGGAUGGAGACGCUGCACACGCUGUGGCUGCAGAGGAACCAGCUGGAGAGACUCCCGGACAACAUCAGCAGGAUGAAGAGUCUGGACACGCUGGUCCUCAGCAGCAACAGGCUCCGAGACAUCCCCCCACUGAUGGAGGACAUGUCCAACCUCAGGUUUGUUAACUUCAGGGACAACCCUCUGACUCUGGACGUGGCGCUGCCCAGCAGGAGGACAGAGACUGGCGCUGAGGACGAAGAGGACGAAGAGGAUGACAGAGAGAUGUUUGGACGAGAGUUCAUGAACUUUUACAUCCAGGAGGCCAGAAAGAGAGCGCACGCCAUCCUCAACGUGCACAGAGUCAACCUAGAUGUGUUUUCACUGAGCAGCUGAUGAACUGCACUAACGACAGGAGCUGAUGACAUCAUCAUCAUCAGGUUGAUUUUUUAAUUGUUUGAUUUUGAAACAUGUGUCAAAGUUUAAUUCUUUAUUAUUAUAAAAUUUUAAUUUCA